AAACCUAUAUCGCGCCAUUUCUCCACCCGGGAUUCUUCUCUGAAAUCUGCAGUAUUCAUCUGCCGGGAAUUACGGCAGGAAGCUACUCGCUGUCGUUAUUUUAUCAACGUGGCAGCUAGAAAUUUAGAAGAGAACUAAAUUAGCCCUCUUCUCUUAUAGCAUUUGGGGAUUUGAGUCUUGAUACGGGCAGCAACGACCUUUCACUGCAUACUAGAGGGGUAAGUUGUGGAAAACUGGUUUUCUUUGUGUUAAUAUGGAUGCUGUAAGUUCAGCAGUUGAGAAAGUAAAGCAGUUUGCAAUAUCAAGCCAAAAUUCCGUUAAUGGCCUUCUACAUCACCUGCAAAAUUCGUACAGCCGCAAUCCGAUUGAAAUCUUGAAGCGGUUGCAAAGAGAAGCAUUCUCAGAUUUGAUGAAACUCAGAGACAGACAAGACAAAGUUGAACGAGUGCUUUCAUUCUAUAAAACAUCCAAGGGAAGUCCAUUCCACGAAGCUAGUACCCAUGUAAGGGGAGAAGUUGAUUUCCUGGGAGCUAUAUUGAUGAUGAGAGACAUUGAUUCGCAGCAUUUGAAUGCACUUGAUAGAGCAGGAGUCAGGACUGGUAUAACUUCAAGGUUCAUUUUUGAAACAAGUCUUGGGCAGAAUGAUAGUCUUGUAGCAGAGUUGAUAGCCCGUGCAACAGGCAAUGGAUACUUUGGUGAUAUUUCAGGAAUCCCGCUUUCUCUUGCAAAACUGUUUUAUGCAGCAAAUGUUAGUGAUUGGUGUUCAGCAACCGCAAUCCCGGUUGGAGCUCAAUGCAGAGAUUUUAAUAUCACUAGGAAUUCUUCCCAACAGAGACAGGGCCUCACUUAUAUUUCAUCUUUCGAGCCACCCCUUUUAAGUCAGCAUAAUGGAAGUGCUAUUGGCGUAACAGUGAGAAAAUCAAAUGUUGUUGCAUCGUUAGCUCAAUCUGUUUCUGGACUGGAAAUGCCAGUGGGUUCUGACGGAUUUGGACAUUGCUUCAACACUUUUGGGCAAGUUGUCUGUCAGCUUCCAAGAGGAAUAAAACUCUCUCUUAUGGGUCUUCACCAAGUGCCGAAAGUACUGGAUUACCGUCUCAGUCUUGGAGUCCUCACAAUUCCCGUAGGCUUUUUGCAACGUCACGAGACUCUUGAGAGAACAGUUGAAGCAGAUGCUGCUGCUCCAUGUUUGAGAAUGAACAUCCCGGUCAUGCCCUCAACUAGAUCAAUUGCUCUGAAGCUGGAAUCAGAACUUGAUGAGAGUACAAGAGUUGGAGGUUGGAUUGAGAUGCAAAACUCAAACUACAAGCAUCUGCGCUGGGCUGUUACUGUGUCUGAUAAUUUCGAAGAUGACAUAGGAUGGGGUGUAAGUCUUAGUGGAAUUAAAAAUCCUAGAGGACGGGACCAAUACCAGUUUGAAUCUUUUGCAGAUCUUAGCUUAGGUAAGAGAUUCAAUUUGAAACCAGGUGUUGCAUAUGUGGUGGAUGGAGAUGCCAAAAUACUAGCCCUUAUGCUUCGAUGUAACUGGUCUCUCUGAUUACACCCUCCACCAAAUUCGGUUCCCUGGAUAUCAAUUUUCUAUAUUUUGAGUAGAUUUUGGUGCAAGAAGAAAAAGAGAAAAGUGUUAAUUUUUGCAUAAUGAAGAUUAUAAACAUUUAGCUCAUUAGUUGUGACAUCAUUAGUAGCUUACUCUAACAUCAAACCUUUGUGAUUUGUUUUUGAAUUUGUCGCCACAAAAUUUCAAUCGAAGCAAUUAAUCCCGUGCUCUGUUUUA